CAAAACGCCAGAACACCACAGCUGCACAGAUUUGAUUACCUGUAGACCGAAACACCUCAUUAUUUUUUUUAUUUGGAGGAACAGGCAAUAUUUUCCGGACAUAAUGGACACUCUGAAGGACAUGCUGAAGGCGUACGAGGCGUGGGUGGGCAAAAACCCCGACGUGGUGGGAGAUUUCGAGACCACAGCCAAGUGGGUAUCCUACUUUAUAGCAGGUCGCAUUUCCUCAUCAAAUGUGGUCAGUGAGCUGGUGUACACGCUGUCCAACAUGCUGGUGUUCUACAACGAUCGGAUCAUCGAAAAGGCUCGCAAUGCCGAGAAAAAUUCGGUGAUCCAACUGCAAUCGAAACUUUGCUACCGUCUAAAGGUCACGCUGACGACACUCGAAUAUAGCGAGGUUUUCAUCGAGAUAUCAGCCCGCCGGCUUUUCGGUCAAUCCGGCAAGUGGCUGGUGAUAGCGCUAAUACAGGCCUUCAAGGCAGCGGGCCGUUUCUUUAUCUUGAAACACUCCACCUCGGAUAUAAUCACCUCACCGCCCAUCGCCGCACUGAAUCGAAGGGCCAUUGGCAAGCAGAGGAAGAAUUCGGGGGAUGGUGCGGCUUCCUCCACGAACGAUUUGCUGCAGUCCCAGCACUCCAUCACCUUCCAAUUGAAGCGAUCUGGCCGUGUGAUUCGUAAAGUGGAGGGUGCUCCUCCCCUGCAAUACCGCGACUUCAAGCUUCAUAUAGACAACAAUGAAGCGGCGAAGACGCAAAUUCCUAGGAAACUCCUGCAAGCAGAAUACCUGUAUAUAUCGAAGCCACUAAUCCACCUGGUCGCCAUGGGGCUGUUCGGCCGGAGAAGUUGGAAGCAAUAUAUGUUGGCAUUAUCCAUUGAUUUGUAUAGCAUUCACCUCUACCGUCAGCAUCGCGACCUCAUGUCCAAGCAACAAAAACUGGAGCUGAGCAGGCGAUGCAUAAACAUCAUGUACUUCCUGGUCCGAUCGCCGUUCUAUGACAGCUUCACCAAAUCCAGACUGGAGCGGAUCCUCGACUUUGUGGCGACAAGUGUGCCCAUUGCUAAGGUGGUGGCCAAACCCCUCAAAGAUUACAUUCCCACGUGGCAAAGCACUUACUUCUAUCUGUGGUCCACUUAGGCAUUUCAGGUAGAGCGUUAGUAUUCCCCUAGGCUAAGUUUUAAAGUUACAGGUGUGCACGCUUUCGGAGUGUACAGAGGGUGGGUUGACUUUUGGUCCUGGGAAAGUUGUUUACACAAUAAAACGAUGGAGCAAUCUUCGAUAUGUUUAUAGUCAACUUU